UGGUAUUUAAAAUGUCUUCUAGUUCCAGUGUUUUUGAAAGAACAAAAAAAGUUGAAUUCUUUCACCAUCUUUUCCUCCUUUUGCCUUUUCUGCAGAAGUUCUGAUGGAUUCAACGACAGCAACAGCAGAACURGGCUGGACCAUCUACCCGUCACAAGGGUGGGAAGAAGUGAGUGGCUAUGAUGAACACAUGAAUACCAUCCGAACGUACCAGGUCUGCAAUGUUUUUGACAACAGCCAGAACAACUGGAUCCGGACCCGGUUCAUCCAGCGCCGCGGCGCUCAGCGCAUCCACGUCCAGAUGAAGUUCUCAGUGCGGGACUGCAGCUCCAUUCCCAACGUUCCCGGCUCCUGCAAGGAGACAUUCAACCUGUACUACUACGAGUCGGAGUCCGACGUGGCCAGCAAAGCGUUCCCGCCCUGGAUGGAGAACCCCUGGGUGAAGGUGGACACGAUAGCAGCCGACGAAAGCUUCUCCCAGGUGGAGCUGGGAGGACGCAUAAUGAACAUCAACAGCGAAGUUCGAAGUUUCGGACCCGUUUCUCGUAAGGGAUUCUACCUGGCCUUCCAGGAUUACGGCGCCUGCAUGUCCAUCAUCGCCGUCAAGGUGUACUACAGGAAAUGUCCGCGGGUGAUCCAGAACGGGGCGGUGUUCCCUGAGACUCUGUCCGGAGCAGAGAGCACCUCUCUGGUGGCGGCCAGAGGAGUGUGUGUCCCCAACGGGGAGGAGGUGGACGUUCCCAUCAAGCUGUACUGCAACGGGGACGGGGAGUGGAUGGUUCCCAUCGGCCGCUGCAUGUGUAAGGCCGGGCACGAGGCGCUGGAGAACGGCACACUUUGCCAAGCUUGUGUGUCGGGUUYCUUCAAAGCUGCACAGGGAGAUGAGAAAUGCCUGCAGUGUCCCAUAAACAGCCGAACCACCAGCGACGGAGCAACCAACUGCAUCUGCCGUAACGGCUACUACCGCGCUGACGCCGACCCUCCCCGGACGCCGUGCACCACUGUCCCUUCAGCGCCGCAGCGGGUCAUCUCCAUGGUGAACGAAACGUCCGUGAAGCUGGAGUGGAGCCCGCCGCUGGAGAGCGGAGGCCGAGAGGACGUCGUCUACAACAUCAUCUGUAAGAGCUGCGACAGCCGGCGGGGCAGCUGCACCCGCUGYGGAGACAAYGUCCAGUUUGUCCCGCGGCAGCUCGGCCUGACGGACACCGGCGUCCGCAUCAGCGACCUGCUGGCUCACACCCAGUACACCUUUGAGAUUCAAGCUGUGAACGGAGUGUCUGACCAGAGUCCGUAUUCGCCACAGUGCACGUCCGCCAACAUCACCACCAACCAGGCCGCACCAUCUGCAGUGUCCAUCAUCCACCAAGUUAGCAGAACUCCCAACAGCAUCACCCUGUCCUGGUCUCAACCUGAUCAGCCCAACGGCRUUAUCCUGGACUAUGAGCUCCAGUAUUAUGAGAAGAACUUGGCCGAAUGGAACUCCUCUCUGAUAAGGAGUCAGACCAACACAGCAGUCAUACGGGCCUUAAAGCCCGGAACCAUCUACGUCUUCCAGGUCCGUGCUCGAACUGUCGCUGGAUUUGGAAGCUUCAGCGGCAAAAUGUACUUCCAAACCAUUACCACAGAAGAGUAUAACUCCAGUAUCCAGGAGAAGCUACCUCUCAUCAUCGGUUCGUCUGCAGCAGGAGUCGUCUUCAUCAUCGCCAUGACCGUUGUCAUAAUCGUGUGUCGCAGGAGGAGUUCAGACAGGCCAGAAUCGGAGUACUCCGACAAACUCCAACAUUACACCAGUGGCCACAUUUCCCCAGGAGUGAAAAUCUACAUUGAUCCCUUCACAUAUGAAGAUCCCAAUGAAGCUGUAAGAGAGUUUGCCAAAGAGAUCGACAUUUCCUGCGUCAAGAUAGAGCAGGUCAUUGGUGCAGGUAAGGAGAUGAUGAAUCAGAAACACAAUGUUCGAGGACAAACUGGGAUAUUAGGAGCUUUGCUGCUUGGCUCAACUCUUUCUUCACAAACAGAGAUCUUACUGAGACACCUUUGUCCUUUUUCAAACUGCCAACUCGUCUUUCUGAUAGGUGAGUUUGGGGAGGUGUGCAGUGGAAACCUGCGGCAGCCUGGGAAACGAGAGAUGCUGGUGGCCAUCAAGACGCUGAAGGUGGGCUACACUGAGCGCCAGAGGCGGGACUUCCUGAGUGAGGCAUCCAUCAUGGGCCAGUUUGACCAUCCGAACAUCAUCCAUCUGGAGGGGGUGGUGACCAAGAGCAGCCCAGUGAUGAUCAUCACAGAGUUCAUGGAGAACGGAUCCCUUGAUUCCUUUCUCAGGCAAAACGAUGGGCAGUUCACUGUGAUCCAGCUGGUGGGGAUGCUGCGCGGCAUCGCAGCAGGAAUGAAAUACCUUUGUGAGAUGAACUACGUCCAUCGAGACCUGGCUGCCAGGAACAUCCUGGUGAACAGCAACCUGGUGUGUAAAGUGUCCGACUUUGGCCUGUCGCGUUUCCUGGAGGACGACACUUCCGACCCAACAUACACCAGCUCUCUGGGAGGGAAGAUUCCCAUUCGGUGGACAGCUCCUGAGGCCAUUCAGUACAGGAAGUUCACCUCCUCCAGCGACUGCUGGAGCUACGGCAUCGUCAUGUGGGAGGUGAUGUCAUAUGGUGAGCGGCCAUAUUGGGACAUGAGCAACCAAGACGUGAUCAACGCCAUAGAGCAGGACUACAGGUUGCCGGCUCCGAUGGACUGUCCGAGCGCGCUGCAUCAGCUGAUGCUUGACUGCUGGCAGAAAGAUCGCAACAGUCGGCCGAAAUUCAGUCAGACCGUCAGCACACUGGACAAGAUGAUCCGCAACCCCAACACCCUCAAGACCACAACGCCGCUGUCGUCAUGUGUUCACUUACCUCUGCUGGACCGCAGCACCCCGGACUUCACCUCCUUCAGCACGGUGGAUGAGUGGCUGGAGGCCAUCAAGAUGGGCCAGUACAAGGAGAACUUUGCCAACGAAGGCUUCAGCAGCUUCGACGUGGUUUCUCAGAUGACCAUGGAGGACAUCGUCAGGAUAGGCGUGACGCUGGCCGGCCACCAGAAGAAGAUCCUGAACAGCAUCCAGUCCAUGAGGGCGCAGAUGAACCAGAUUACCUCAGUGGAGGUGUGAUUCCACGGACCCGUCCGCUCGCGCUUUGCUCACCGCAGGAGGCCAGCACCCUCUCGAACUUCUGAGGAGAGCCAACAGCAUCCAUCCAAACUGUGACCUCACCGUACCUCCCUACAGACUCCACCCAUUCGGGUCCGUCACUCGGCAGCGCAGAGACGUUGGCUUGUUGUCGUGGCAGCUGCUGCGUUCAGGUAACGGUGCGUUCAGGGACCUCGAGUUGCAGUCAACCUGAGAUGAUACGCUCUGUUUCUGCUCAUCACCUCCACCACCGAGUUCCUUUACUGAGCAACAAGAAAGUCCGUCCAACAUGACCUGGCAGUUCCAGUUUAAGGUUGACUUGAUCUCGUCGGACCUCACAUGUGGUGCUUUUGGUGGCAGGCGGACUCCGAGGCCUUAAACAUCACAGACAGUCAGCUGAAGGCAACAUCUGGACUGACUGACAUCUGUCGCUUCACUCCUCCGGCUCUCUUUUCUACACCUUUUACCAAUCAGAUUCCCUCACUCUUGGUUUGGCAUUAUGGAUAAGGGCAGUUUUCAGUUUUUGGGACAUUAUUUAUUUUAUUAUUUAAAGGGGCAGUCUGUCUUUUUGUUUUGUUUUUACUUUUACAUCAUGUGACAAUGUUCAUGAUUUUAUUCUGUCAUGCAUGUUUGAGAAAUCCUUCAAUCUCCAUGGCAACCAUUCAGCUGUGCUAAACACCUGAAUGGUGGAACUAGCCCCGCCUUUGAGGUACAACUCCUCCCAUUUCAGCUCCUUCAGACUAGCCAGCAGCAAUUAGCAGACACCUGGU